AGACCUUGUAAACCCAAAAGAGAAAAACCAGGAAUACUCGUACAUAUUACUGUAAAGAAAAGAUCAUCAGAGAAGCCAUCUCCUAUAUCACCGCUUUUCCUCCUCUUCUUGCCGCCAAUUCUCCUCUCUCCGGAAGCGAAUUUCUAGGGUUUCAGAGCCACAAGCAAACCAUGUUGCUUCAACUUCCUCGUUUCACGAACUCUCUCAGAGACCCAUUCGACGUCGAUCAGGCAUAUCUCCAACGCAAAACCAUCCUCCAACAUCACAAGUCUCGCAGUUCUGCAAACUCGGUUGAUGAAUCAGAACUUGCACGAAAGAUUGUUCACAGAUGGGAAGAAGCUUCAUUUGAAGUGCGGCAAGCAUACAAACAGUUCAUAGGCUCCGUCGUUGAGUUGAUCGAUGGAGAAGUAGCAUCUGAGGAGUUUCGGGAGGUGGCAUUGAUUGUUUAUGGGCUUUUUGGUGGACCUGCGCAGGAGGACGGAGACGACAGGAGGAUCAUCGAGAAGAAGUUGGAAUUACAGAAAUUACUUGGCCAUGUUGUUUCAGAUGCAAAUUUACGAAAAAUUGCCUCUCUUGCACAGAGGCUUUCGGGCUUACAGCCAGAUGAGCAUAGGGCCAUGUUUGUUCCAGAAAGGCAAUUAAAUGAGGGUGGUGAUGAUUUAGAAUUUGGUGCUGAUCUUGUUUUCCGCCCCCCAACUCGGUUUCUGGUUGAUGUUUCUUUGGAGGAUGGAGAAUUACUGGGGGAUGAAAGCAUUGCGCCUUCUUCUUCUUCACAUCACGAGGGAUGGUAUGAUCAUGGUAACUCCACAGAUUACCAUUUUGCUGUUGAUGGGUUACACUUUGAUUUGGUGUGGUUGAGAGGUGCAUGUGAUAAAAUAGUGAAAGAAAGUGCUUCACAGCUUUCACAAGAUGAACUAGCAAUGGCCAUUUGCCGGGUUCUUGAUUCAGACAAACCCGGUGACGAGAUAGCUGGUGAUUUGUUGGAUCUUGCUGGGGAUGGCGCAUUUGGAACUGUUCAAGAGCUAAUAUCGCACAGAAAGGAACUUGUUGAUGCUAUACACCAUGGGUUGCUAAUGCUGAAAGGCGACAAAAUGCCCAGUAGCACUCAAACACGGAUGCCCAGUUAUGGUACUCAGGUAACUGUUCAAAUGGAGUCUGAACGGCAAAUUGAUAAACUUCGUCGCAAGGAGGAAAAACGGCAUAGACGUGGAACAGAUAAUGGGGUUGAGAAUGACUUAUCUGCCACUAGUUUUAAUUCUUUACUUCAAGCGAGUGAGAGGAAAAGCCCUUUUGAUGAUUUGAUUGGGUGUGGUGAAGGGCAUGCAGCUACUGCCCUUCCACAAGGAACUGUUCGGAAGAAUUACAAGGGAUAUGAAGAAGUGAUAAUUCCCCCAACACCGACUGCACCAAUGAAACCUGGGGAAAAACUGAUUGAGAUAAAGGAGUUAGAUGACUUUGCUCAAGCUGCUUUCCAUGGCUACAAGUCUCUCAACCGUAUUCAGAGCAGAAUAUUCCGUACCACUUAUUACAGUAAUGAAAACAUACUAGUUUGUGCUCCGACAGGAGCUGGCAAAACAAAUAUAGCUCUGAUUGCUGUCCUACAUGAGAUUGGACAGCACUUCAAGGAUGGUUACUUGCAUAAAGAUGAAUUUAAGAUAGUUUAUGUUGCUCCUAUGAAGGCAUUAGCUGCAGAGGUUACAUCAACAUUUAGCCAUCGUUUAUCUCCAUUGAAUAUGACUGUGAAAGAACUUACUGGAGACAUGCAACUUUCUAGGAAUGAACUCGAGGAAACUCAGAUGAUAGUGACAACACCUGAGAAAUGGGAUGUCAUUACUCGUAAAAGCAGUGACAUGGCACUCUCAAUGCUGGUGAAGCUCCUAAUCAUUGAUGAGGUACAUCUGUUGAACGAUGAUAGAGGCCCUGUAAUAGAGGCAUUAGUUGCUCGGACCCUUCGUCAGGUGGAGUCCACACAGUCUAUGAUACGCAUUGUGGGACUUUCAGCCACUCUUCCCAACUAUUUGGAGGUUGCACAAUUUCUGAGGGUCAGUCCAGAUAAAGGUCUCUUCUUCUUUGAUUCUAGCUAUCGUCCAGUGCCUCUUGCACAGCAGUAUAUUGGAAUUAGCGAGCCGAACUUCCAUGCUCGUAAUGAGCUAUUGAAUGAAAUAUGCUAUAAUAAGGUUGUUGAUUCAUUAAGGCAAGGGCACCAAGCUAUGAUUUUUGUUCAUUCACGGAAGGACACGGGGAAAACAGCUGAUAAACUGGUUGAAAUUUCCCAGAAUAAGGAAGAUUUGGAGAUAUUUAAGAAUGAAACACACCCUAUGUUUGACUUGAUGAAGCGGGAAGUUCUCAAGUCCAGAAACAAGCAGGUUGUUCAACUUUUUGAAAAAGGGUUUGGUAUUCAUCAUGCCGGGAUGUUACGUGCCGACAGAGGUCUGACUGAGCGGCUUUUCUCUGAAGGAAUUUUGAAAGUACUUGUUUGCACAGCAACCUUGGCAUGGGGCGUAAAUCUACCUGCUCACACUGUUGUGAUUAAGGGUACUCAAUUAUAUGAUCCAAAGGCUGGUGGGUGGCGAGAUUUAGGCAUGCUUGAUGUUAUGCAGAUCUUUGGACGUGCUGGAAGACCUCAGUUUGACAAAAGUGGCGAAGGCAUUAUAAUCACAUCCCAUGAUAAACUAGCCUACUAUCUACGACUAUUGACGAGUCAACUCCCCAUAGAAAGUCAGUUCAUUAGCUCCUUGAAAGAUAAUUUAAAUGCAGAGGUGGCAUUGGGUACUGUGACAAAUGUCAAGGAAGCUUGCGCAUGGCUUGGGUAUACCUAUCUUUUUAUAAGGAUGAAAAUGAAUCCUUUGGCAUAUGGUAUUGGAUGGGAUGAGGUUGUUGCAGAUCCUUCUUUGAGUUUAAAGCAAAGAGCUCUUGUGUCAGAUGCUGCUCGUUCACUAGACAAGGCAAAAAUGAUGCGAUUUGACGAGAAAAGUGGCAAUUUUUACUGUACUGAGCUUGGUCGCAUUGCUAGCCACUUCUAUAUUCAUUAUUCUAGUGUUGAAACUUACAAUGAAAUGUUGAGACGCCACAUGAAUGACAGUGAGGUAAUUGACAUGGUAGCCCACUCUUCUGAAUUUGAAAAUAUUGUUGUUCGAGAGGAGGAACAAAAUGAGCUUGAAACAUUGGUCCGCACAGCUUGCCCUUUAGAAGUUAAGGGUGGUCCCUCGAAUAAGCAUGGAAAGGUUUCAAUUCUCAUUCAGUUGUAUAUAUCUCGUGGCUCGAUUGAUGCCUUUUCGUUAGUUUCUGAUGCUGCAUAUAUAAGUGCAAGCUUGGGACGUAUCAUGCGGGCUCUAUUUGAAAUUUGUUUGCGCAGAGGGUGGUGUGAGAUGUCUUUGUUCAUGUUGGAAUACUGCAAGGCUGUGGAUCGUCAAAUUUGGCCUCAUCAACAUCCCCUCAGACAAUUUGACAAGGAUAUUUCAUCAGAAAUACUGAGGAAGCUUGAAGAGCGAGGGGCUGACUUAGAUCGCCUACAAGAGAUGCAGGAAAAAGACAUUGGAGCUUUGAUUCGUUAUGCACCUGGAGGAAGGGUGGUUAAGCAAUAUUUAGGAUUUUUCCCGUCGAUCCAGUUGUCUGCUACUGUUAGUCCAAUAACCAGAACCGUUUUGAAGGUGGAUUUGCUCAUAACACCAGAUUUUCUGUGGAAGGAUCGUUUUCACGGUGCUGCACAACGUUGGUGGAUUCUGGUUGAGGAUUCUGAGAAUGAUCAUAUCUACCAUUCAGACCUUUUCACAUUGACAAAGCGGAUGGCAAAAGGAGAACCACAGAAGCUUUCCUUUACAGUUCCAAUUUUUGAACCACAUCCUCCUCAAUACUACAUUCGUGCUGUUUCUGAUUCUUGGUUGCAUGCAGAGGCUUUCUACACUAUUUCUUUCCAGAAUCUAGCACUUCCAGAGGCUCGUACAUCCCACACUGAACUUCUAGAUUUGAAACCUCUCCCUGUGACUGCACUUGGCAACAGAACUUAUGAAGCCUUGUACAACUUUUCACACUUCAAUCCUAUUCAAACACAGGCUUUUCAUGUCCUGUAUCACACAGGCAACAAUGUUUUGUUAGGAGCUCCUACUGGAAGUGGGAAAACUAUAUCUGCUGAGCUUGCUAUGCUUCAUUUAUUCAACACCCAGCCUGAUAUGAAGGUCAUUUACAUAGCACCUCUGAAGGCUAUUGUUCGAGAAAGAAUGAUUGAUUGGAGGAAGGGUCUUGUUUCUCAACUUGGAAAAAAGAUGGUUGAAAUGACUGGGGAUUAUACUCCAGAUAUGAAGGCUUUGUUGUCAGCCGACAUCAUAAUUUCUACUCCUGAGAAGUGGGAUGGUAUCAGUCGUAACUGGCACAGUCGAAGCUAUGUCACAAAGGUUGGGCUUAUGAUUUUGGAUGAGAUUCACUUACUUGGAGCUGAUCGUGGACCCAUACUUGAGGUUAUAGUGUCAAGGAUGAGAUACAUAUCAUCUCAAACAGAACGCACAGUUCGGUUUGUGGGCCUUUCAACAGCUUUAGCAAAUGCACAUGAUUUGGCUGACUGGCUGGGAGUCGGAGAAACUGGACUCUUCAAUUUCAAGCCAAGUGUGAGGCCUGUGCCUCUUGAAGUUCAUAUUCAGGGAUAUCCUGGGAAGUUUUACUGUCCGAGGAUGAAUAGCAUGAAUAAACCCACAUAUGCUGCCAUAUGUACCCAUUCACCUACAAAACCAGUUCUAAUUUUUGUUUCAUCUCGUCGGCAGACAAGGCUCACUGCUUUGGACCUCAUUCAGUUUGCAGCUUCAGACGAACACCCAAGACAAUUUCUGAGUAUGCCAGAAGAUGCGCUACAGAUGAUUCUUUCUCAGGUCACUGAUCAGAAUCUGAGGCACACAUUACAAUUUGGCAUUGGGUUACACCAUGCAGGAUUGAAUGAUAAAGACAGAUCUCUGGUUGAGGAACUUUUUGCUAAUAAUAAGAUUCAGGUGUUGGUGUGCACAAGUACAUUAGCAUGGGGUGUAAACCUUCCCGCUCAUUUGGUCAUUAUCAAGGGAACAGAAUAUUAUGAUGGAAAAGCGAAACGAUAUGUUGAUUUCCCUAUCACAGAUAUCUUGCAAAUGAUGGGUCGUGCAGGUCGGCCUCAAUAUGAUCAACAUGGGAAAGCUGUCAUUCUUGUUCAUGAACCCAAAAAGAGCUUCUAUAAAAAGUUCCUGUAUGAACCAUUUCCAGUUGAGAGUAGUCUGAGGGAGCAGUUGCAUGAUCACAUGAAUGCUGAGAUAGUUUCUGGAACGAUAUGCCAUAAAGAAGAUGCAGUCCAUUAUCUCACCUGGACUUAUUUGUUUCGUAGAUUGAUGGUUAAUCGAGCUUACUAUGGCUUAGAGGAUACCGAACCUGGAAUUCUAAGUUCUUACUUGUCGAGCCUAGUACAAAACACAUUUGAGGAUUUGGAGGACAGUGGAUGCAUCAGAAUGAAUGAAGACAUUGUUGAGCCUAUGAUGUUGGGUUCAAUAGCAUCUCAGUAUUACCUUAGCUACAUGACUGUAUCAAUGUUUGGUUCAAAUAUAGGACCAGAUACAUCACUUGAAGUUUUCCUUCAUAUACUAUCUGGUGCUUCUGAGUAUAAUGAGCUUCCUGUGCGGCAUAAUGAGGAAAAUUACAAUGAAGGAUUGUCUGAGAAAGUUCCAUAUAUGGUGGAUAAGAAUCGCCUAGAUGAUCCACAUGUUAAAACAAAUCUGCUUUUUCAGGCACAUUUUUCUCAGUUGGAAUUGCCCAUCAGUGACUAUAUUACAGACUUAAAAUCAGUGUUAGAUCAAAGUAUACGUAUCAUCCAGGCAAUGAUAGAUAUAUGUGCUAACAGUGGAUGGCUUUCAAGUGCAAUUACUUGUAUGCAUCUUUUGCAAAUGGUCAUGCAGGGUUUAUGGUUCGCCAAGGAUUCUGCUCUAUGGAUGUUACCAUGCAUGACUGAUGAUCUUGUGGAUUCGUUAACUAAAAGAAGAUCUCAAAAUGUCCAGCAACUAUUGGAUCUUCCUAAAGCGACUUUGCAGGCUGUCCUUGGAAGUUCAACUGCUUCAAGAUUAUAUCAGGAUCUGCAGCUUUUUUCUCGUGUUCAAGUGAGAUUAAAACUUGAGAGAAAGGACCAUGAGGGUGGGAAAUUAACUCUGAACAUUAGAUUGGAAUAUACAAACUCCCGGCGAAGGACAUCAAGAGCUUUUACCCCUCGAUUCCCAAAGGUAAAAGAUGAAGCUUGGUGGUUGGUUCUUUGCAAUACCUCCACCGCUGAACUAUAUGUUCUGAAGAGAGUUUCAUUCUCGGGCCGUUUGAUCACCCAGAUGGACUUACCAUCCGCUCCAACCGCCAUUGAGGGGAUGAAGCUUAUCCUUGUAUCAGAUUGUUAUCUCGGUUUUGAACAAGAACACUCCAUCGAAGAACUCCUUGAAUCGUAGCAAUUCAAAGCUGGGAUUUGAGCAAUCGUUUCGGAUCCAGACAGAUACAAAUCCUGCAAUUCAGAAGCUAAAAUUUACAUGGAAAUUGUGAGUUUUUGCUGUACCGCAUCCAGCCUUUCUCCUAACAUGAACUCAAAUAUGAUAUUUGAGUCGCACACUAGCUGAACUGAACUGAACUGAACUGAGAAUCGCCACUCUGCUCUAGCCAGAGCUGGAUGUCCUCAACCAACUGCAUCAAGGCAACGGGACACUGCCUACGACCAAUCAAGUUUUGCCCUAGAUAUAUUAAAAUUAUAGGGUAAAGUUCGGUUUGAUAAAACUACUGAAAAUAUUAAGAGCUGUAAUUUAAAUGUUAAUCAUAAAAUGAAAAAUUCUUCGAAGCUUUUCUUAAUUUUAUGGGUUGGGUGAUAAUGAGGUCUCUCUCACUUGAAUUUUUACUUAUUUUAAGGGCAAUUGUUUUUUUAA